AUGGCAUUAAAACAAAAAACUCAAGCAUCAUCAAAUAACAUUAAAAACAACAACAAUGAUAUCCGUAUCAAAAGCAACCUUCGGAUACGCAACACCAACGAAAUAGAUACUACAGGAAAAAGAUUCACCUUUCAAGUUCGAGGUGCAUCAUAUCCUCCGAUACGUCGUACUUGUAACAAUCUAAAAACAUCGACAAAUUGUAAAUCUUGUAAUCAGAAUUGGCAGUAUAUCGAUAGUUUGGAAGCGAGAUUGAACGACUUAUAUUUAACUGUCGACAAAUUGAGUAGAGUCAAAGUGAUCACAAACAGUUUUGAAAAAGAAAAGUUCGAUUUUUCAAAUAUGGAUAUCGAAGAGCUUUUAAAUAUAUCACAAAAUAUUCGGUUAUAA